ACUCAGGUGUUAUUCUGUAUUAAUUGUAGGUUAUGUUGACAGAAGCAGAAAAUACUUCUGUGCACAUUGAACUGUUUUAGUAGAAAUUUAGUUUUUAACUAUAAUAUUACUUUUUAAUCCUGAGUGGAUAAAUAUAAUGAUUUUACCUUCUUGUAUUUCUUAAGGAUUUCAGUCUUUUGAGUUUAUAGAUUUCAUGUAGAUGUAGUCUUAUAUUGAUCGUUCACCGUAGUGAUCGUCAUGGUCAAUCUUAGACGGAGAUUUUGUAGAAUUGUAUGUUCGGUACCAUCUGUUCUCAUUGCCGUCACUGUAAUCGCAUGUGCCUGCAAUGUCUACCAUUUAAUUAUUAGUUCGGAUAUUGACACUCAAUAUGCAGAUGCAAACCUUGUACGUAGUGCACUCAGAACUUAUAGAAAAGAAGAAUUUAUACCUGGGAGCCAGGACUCGGAACAAGAAUCGUGGCAAUCGAUGGAAGUCAAGUAUAAGUUUAAAGUACUCUCUUACAACGUACUUUCGCAACAGCUGUUGAUGUCCAACCCCAGAUUAUACAGGCACCACAACCCAGCUCAUCUCAAUUGGAGCUAUAGGGCUCCACGUCUCAUGGACGAGUUCAAAACCAUUGAUGCCGAUAUAAUUUGCUUACAAGAAGUAGAGGCUGGACACAUACCUUUUUAUAAUGAAUUGGAAAAAUGUGGCUACAAAGGCAUUCACAAGAAACGUACCGGAGACAAAAACGACGGCUGCGCCAUCUACUUCAAGACAGCUCGGUUCACACUCAUCGACUACACGACAGUUGAGUUCCAACAGCCGGAGGCGUCGGUUCUGGACCGCGACAACAUUGGUCUAGUGGUCAAACUGCACCCCGUCGGCUGGGACGAAUUCCCACUGGUUGUGUCCACCACCCACCUACUCUACAAUCCCAAGCGACACGAUGUCAAGCUGGCGCAAAUGCAGGUGCUUCUCACCGAAAUCGAACGAUUCGCCUACAAUAGCAAAUUUUCUUAUUUCACAUAUCACCCGAUUAUCCUGACUGGAGACUUCAACCUUCAGCCGUAUACAUCAGUCUAUCAGCUCCUACUGUCUGGCUCGUUACGCUAUGACAUCCUAGAUAGAAAGUUCCUACAAAUGGAUGCUCCUAGCCAUUUCCAUAUGGGCAAAAGUCUGCUUUCUUCCAGGCUUGGCAUCACUGAUAGCUGUCAGCAUUACAAAAUACUGAAGGUUAGAGAGCUGGAGGAUGCCAACGGAUUUGUUGGAUCGGCGAAAGUUCAGGAAAGAUUGAUUGGUAUUCAAAAUAGUGACAGGAAUGUACAUGUGAGUGGUAUCCAAGUUCCUGAUGAGGACAUAUAUCGUUUCGGCUCCGGUGUGUUGAGCCACGGAUUCAAUUUCAAAUCUGUCUACAACCAUGCAGACUCUGAAAGUAGAGAACCUGAAGCGACCACACACCAUGAUGAGUGGGUGACUGUUGAUUACAUGCUUUACACACCUUUGAAAAAUGUUUCAAGCAACCGUGAUCAACUGCAGUUGGUGAGUAGAAUGAGGCUACCAACGGUCACUGAGUGCGGGAAACUCGGCAGAAUUCCAAAUGAAGCCUGUCCUUCAGACCACAUACCCUUGGUUGCUAACUUUUAUCUUCGACUUAGAAAAACAGAUCGGCAUUAUGAUGACCGAAGUAAUACAAGGAGAAAAAAGUAACUGAAUGAGAUCUCGACGCUUCAAUAACAAAAUUUUGAUACGACCUCAAGAGAGUACAAGUUUAUAGGUUUUUAAAUUAUUCAAUUAUACACAAAACACAAAAGUUGGAGAUUGUUGUCAACUUAUGUCAAAGGUUGAAAUAAUUAUAGUGAUCACAUUGAAGUUUUGAGUAAAUAUCUCUUGGGAAAUGACACCAACAAUAUCAUUCUGUGCUGUGAUAGAAGAGUGCUAAAAACGGAAUAGGAAUAAUUUAAUAAAUUUUGUGUGAAGUUGCAUGAAUUUAGUUACUAUUUUCCAAUUUCUGUAGAGUGUAUAAUAAAUAAGGUUUCUCGAUCUAUUCCGAGCUGCGAUGUAUAACACACUUUUUUGAUGUAUUUUACACGUCGUGUCAAACAGUCAAAAUGAACGCUUGCCGUUCGAAAGUACUCCAGUCAGUAAGUAAAAAGUUAGAAAAAAUGCUUAUUCACUUAGAAUAAUUGACUGCAUGUCGUGUAGAAUACAUCAAAAAGUGUGUAAAUAAAGAUUCUCAUUUUACUUGAUUAUUUGUGUGUUGAAGUAUGAAUUCAGUUAGGCUUACUGUAUCGGAAAUCUUGUUUGAAUCUCUGUAAAGUGUAUAAUAAAUCUACUGUUCAAAUUUACAA